UGUCCAUAAGACCCCUGCCUCCUUUAUUUCUCGGCAGUGUAGUCCUCUCAUUAUUAUUAUUAUUAUAUACAUCCAUUGACUUCUGAACAGAUUCCAAUAAUGUCAGGUGAAGUAUUUUGAACUUCAAGAUUCGAUUCGCUUGCUGCAUCUAUUUCAUUUCUUUGAACGUCAAAUAUUGAAUUAUGUAUAAUUCAUAAAUGAAUAUGACGUUUUGAAGACUGCAAUGAAUAUGAUUGAUCACGGAUACUUUUUAUUCUCUAUAUUACCGAAAUAAUUUCGUAAUAUUUGGUGAGAAGAAAUUUAAUAUUCUAAUACACCAAUUAGGGUUUUUUUCGGAAUGUCUCCUUAGUUUUCAUUUCCGUUUCUACCUUUUUUGUCGCCAUAGAUAUAAAGAUAGAUAUAUAACUAUUUUACAAAUCAACAAAAUAUUGAAAUAUUAGAAAUAUUCAAUACUAUUGUAAAUAGGUAAUCCACAAGUUAAAAUAGUUGAAGGUGUAGGUGCUAAAAAAAUGAAAUACCAUUUUUAGAGAAAUUAUCUACAAAAAAAAAUCAGCACUUUUACAUCGAGCUUGAAAUUGCUAUUAUAGGUACAUCUACAAGCAAAAUUUCCAAUGGGUUGGAUUUGUAAUCACAUUUUAUUUAAUUCUUAUUUAAUGAAUUCGGUCCUUCUUGAAAAAUUUUUUAUAGAUAAAAUAAAACAAAGGUCAAAGGAAAUUAUUUUUUCGUCAAUUAAAUUAUGAGGUUUUGCUCUAUAUUCUGCUUGGAAUUCGUAAGGUACUCAAAAUACAAUCAUCACGAAAUUUUGGUCGUAGCUUGAAAUUCUUAUUCUUCAUAUUAUUCAAAAAUACUAGGUAUAAUUGAAUUUUCAAAAAAUGUAUUUGACUCAAAUCAGUUCCUAAAGUAGGAAAUAGAAAUGGAAAAAUUAUACAAUUUUUUCAAUAAAUUUUGAGUAUAUUUCGCCGAGGCUGAGAGUGUUUUGUAAAAAUACAAUAUGUAAAAAUUGUGAAAAGAAAACUUUUGUUAUAACAUUCAUUUUGGGGAUAAUACAUUUUGCAUUCUUUGAAAUAUUUUUUUUCUUCUCUCCAUUAUUUGGUGUAGGGGUAAAAGAUGAAAGUUGAAAUUGGCAUUUUAAAUAAGAGAAUUUGUAUGAAACAUAAUUUUUUUAAGUUUCGGAAAUGGUUAUUGGGGAAACAUAUUGUAAAUCUGCAUAGUUUGAAGACAACAAUCUUUGUAUUUUUUUAAAAUGAUUUUCGAAGAUUCCAUCAGUUGGUAAAGUUCAUUUUUUGCCGAAAUUGUUUAUUUUAAUAGUAGUUCCAUAUAUCUACAUUUCCAAAAAUUUAAAUUCAAUGUUUAGGUCAGAUACAUUUCAUUGGGAGCAUGAAUUUAUGAAAGAAUUGAAGUUUAUUCCUUUAUUGCUCGUUGAACUUUCUAAAUUUCAGAAUGAGGUAAUGACAGUUUUAUCACACUAAAGUUAAUCCGAUUACUGUUUGCCAAUUCUAGGAAAGGUUGCCGCUCAAGAGUCAUUUCUAGCAAUAUUUAUUUAGUUAGUAGUUAUUGAUUAUUUGAUGACUUUGACAAAUGCGAAUAAUCUAGUUCUGAGAAAUACGAAAUACCUACCCAUGUCAUAAAAUCUCUUUGAAUUCCAGGUACCUGAAAUAUCUUAGGUCAAAUAUAAAAAUAUUUUAGUUGCUAAAGUACCAGUAAGGUGUAUGUACGUUGUGUCAGUGUGCAGUGUAUUUGAAGAGAAUUCAUUUUUGAAACUUUGAAAUUUCUAUAAAUCAUGGAAAAUCAUCGAAGAACUGAAGCUCUCAGAGAUGCAGAUAUGCAAGAAUUUGAUCGUUCCGAACCAUCAACGUCUCAACAGCAGCCAACGUCUCAACAGCAGACAGAGUCCAUUACGCCUCGUAAACGUUAUGAAGAGCGAAAUGAUCGUAGACGUUAUACUCCUGAAGGAUCUGAAUAUCUCAGUCAGAGGUUGAGAAAUUUAAGACGUGCAAGCAGAAUAUCAAAUAGAAACCUCCUCCAAACUCUUGUGAAAAUUGCCCAAGAAUCUAACCUUGGAGAGGAUAAUUUAUGCUGGGAUAUGACUACUGCCUAUGUUUGUAGUCCGACGUGUGUCGUGCAUGGCAAAACGCCAAGUAGGCAAGAAAUGCGAUUCGAAAAUCAGAGAAGAGCUUUUGUUCUGGAAAUGAGAAAACGCAGAGAAGACAGAGCUAGAAGAGCCGCAGCCGCAAGAAGAUUUGCCGAGGACUGCGAUGAAAUAGAUCGAAUGCUGGAAAACCUGUCAAUCAGUAGCAACAUUGCUGGUAUAACAAGUAAAUUGAAUUCUUUCAAAUUUAGCGAAGAAUGAAAUUAUCUUCGCUAAACAUUGUCAAAGUCAGCCGUCCGGAAGAAUAGGAAGAUCGGUUGCUACACUGCAUUUGUCCUCCCUGUAGGCAAGGCCGCCGCCAGACAUUUUGGCGCCCCGGCAAAAUAAAAUUUCGGCUCCCUUCUUUAUAGGUAAUACUCAAUAAAAAAGAACCUAUUUUUGGAUAUUGUAAGAAUAUUGUAGAUUUGGUUUUGAACAUGCAUCGGUUCUUCGAUUUCCUCAGUUGAAUAUGGAUCUACAGCGACAAAAUAGGAAAUUUGAUGAAGUUUGUUUGAGGUUGCAAACCGUAAGAUUGGAAGAUACAGACAUAAUGGAUACCGAAUAAAUUAAUUAUUUCAAUUCAAUUCAAUUUUAUUCAAUGAAUGACCAAGCAGCUAGAAGCACGAAAAAAAUUAUUGAAUUGAAAAGGUCUACUAUUAUUAUAUAUUAUAUUUAUUUGUAAAUAAUUCAUAUUUAGGUGCAAGGGUAUGUUCCCUUUAUUAUUAUGUGCUUGUGAUACUGUUAUGUAUGUGUAUUAUAAAUAAAUACAAAACCUAGA